GUCUGUCCCUGUGCCGUGGCCGUGCUCCCGUGUCUCCACGCCGUGGCCUUGUCACCUUGCUGUGGCCAUGACCCCGUGUGUGUCGUCCCCCCUCGGCCGUGGCUGUACCACCUUGACAUGAGCUGGCUGGCCUGGUGCCCCCGCCUGGGUACCGUCCUCCUGGACCUGUUCCUCAUCUACGUCUCCGUGCCCUUCCUCAUCCGCUUCUUCCCCGUCCUCCUCACCAAAUUCGUCUUCCUCAACUUCCUCUCCUAUCCCUUCUUCGUCGACCUCCGGCGGCCGGAGCUGCUGCUGAACAACACCGUCAGCCUGUACCUCACCACCGAGCCGGGCGUCACCGUCGGCAUCUGGCACACGCUGCCGGGCAGCAGAGGGGCCGAGGCGCAGGGCAAGGACCAGCACUGGUAUGAGGAAGCGCUCGGUGAUGCUCACCCCAUCAUCAUCUACCUGCACGGCAACGGGGGCACCAGGGCUGCGAGUCACCGCAUCCAGUUCCUGAAGUUGAUGGGGGCUGCUGACUUCCACAUCCUGGCUCUCGACUACAGAGGCUAUGGGGACUCCAGCGGCCACCCCACAGAGAGCGGCUUCACCACGGACGUCCUGGCGCUCUACGACUGGGCCAAAGCACGUAGCGGGAACAGCAGUGUCCUCCUCUGGGGACACUCCUUGGGGACAGGGAUUGCCACCAAUGUGGCGAGGAAACUGCAGGAAGAGCGAGGGGUGCAGGUCGACGCUGUCGUCCUGGAGUCGCCCUACACCAACAUCCGUGAGGCGGCUGCCCAUGUCCCCGUCACCAAGAUCUACCGCCUGUUCCCAGGUUUCCAGUACCUGAUCCUGGACUCGCUGGCCCUGGGGGACAUGCACUUCCGCAGUGACGAGAAUGUGAAGGUGCUGGCCUGCCCACUCCUCAUCCUGCACGCAGAAGAUGAUGCUGUGCUGCCUCCACACCUGGGCCGUGAGCUCUUCGAGAUGGCAUACAAUGCCUACCAGGACAAAAGCAAGGUGAAGUUCAUUACCUUUCCUGAAAAGCUGGGCCUGGGCCACGACUACAUCUCCUUCAACCCAGAGCUGCCUGCCCUGGUGAAAGACUUCUUGAACAUGAAGUGA